CCGCUCCGCUCCCGCCAUAUAAAGCCGCCGCCGCAGUUGGGCCCCGAGCGCCGCCAGGUCCCGUCCGCGCGGAGCUGAACGCCGCCGCCUCACGAUGCCUUCGAUUAAACUGCAGAGUUCAGAUGGAGAAAUCUUUGAAGUUGAUGUUGAAAUUGCAAAGCAGUCUGUAACUAUAAAGACUAUGCUGGAAGAUUUGGGGAUGGAUGAUGAAGGUGAUGAUGACCCAGUCCCUCUUCCAAACGUUAAUGCAGCUAUCUUGAAAAAGGUGAUUCAGUGGUGCACCCACCACAAGGAUGAUCCACCUCCUCCUGAGGAUGAUGAGAACAAAGAGAAGCGAACAGAUGACAUCCCUGUGUGGGAUCAAGAGUUUCUGAAAGUAGACCAAGGAACGCUGUUUGAACUUAUCCUGGCUGCAAAUUACCUGGACAUCAAAGGCUUGCUUGAUGUCACGUGCAAGACAGUUGCAAACAUGAUCAAGGGGAAAACUCCAGAAGAAAUUCGCAAGACAUUCAACAUCAAGAAUGACUUCACUGAGGAGGAGGAAGCACAGGUACGCAAAGAGAACCAGUGGUGUGAAGAGAAGUGAAGCGUUGUGCCUGACACUCGAACACUGUAAGGAUUGUUCCAAAUACUAGUUGCACUGCUCUGUUCAUAAUUGUUAAUAGUAGACAAAUGCAGCAGCAAAUGAAGUUGUGUUAGCAGGAUAUUGUUCCCUCUGCAUGUGUAGUGGUUUUUUUUUGAGUACAAAUUUAAAUCUUCUCAGUUUUUACUAGUGUAAUUGGAUGUCUUUUUACUUUACUCUGCAAUGAAUAAAACUGAACUAAGUGUGGAUUCUAUAUGGGAAGUAGCACUUCAGGUUAUCGUUUUCAUUACACUUUGAAACUGUUCAAGUCCAGUUCCAAUGCUAAGGAUUGACUCCAUUGUAAAUAAACCCACCUGUGGCUUCUUCCUCAAGAGCAAGACACUUGCAUUUACAGGGUAUUGACAGCUUCAGCAAGAAAGGCUAAUUAGCAUGUGUUUUGGGGAAGCAGGUGAAGUACAAGCUACUGGAUUCCUUGCAGAACCAUUGUGGGCAGAAUUAGUGUUUAAGCUUAAAGUGAUGGGACUUCUGAGAUGUUCUUGUCCUGCAUAUGAAAAAGAGAAACUAUUUGACCACCUUCUUGUCCUGUUAGUCUGGCCUUAGAGACUAGUGAAAGAUGUGAUCUCGAACGAAGCAAGCUCCCGACAGUGAAAUCUGAAUCCUUCAACCAUGUCUUGAAGACCUGCCUCUAGCUGGUAGCAGAUGAGAAGUGUGUUGCUUUAUGCACAGGAUUGGUGUGUUUUUAUAUGUUCCUGUUAAAAGUGGAAUCCUGAUUUGACCAAAAAUGACUGACAUUACCAAAGUUACUAUUAUUGACCUGUGCAUGUCAGUAGUGACUGGGUUUUAGGCAAUUUUAAACAGCCCUUGUGAUGUAGCUCUUUAAAACAUGGUUUCAUGUGUCCAUAUGAAAUCUUAUGCCUCUGACUGCGAUACCUUUGGCUUGUAGAGACUUUAAUUAUUGCAUACAGAGCUAAUGCAAUAUCAGCUUAACUUGGACAAAGCCACUUGCAACUAGUUAAACAGUAACUGGUUUCCUGAUUUGUAUUUCUUUUGUUUUUUUUACAGUUCCCUUAUAGGGAGUAGGGAUGGUUGUGUGGUAGAUCUUUGAGGUGUGCUCUUAGCUUGUAUUGCAUUCCAUUCUCUGUAUAAACCUUAGAGUAGAAUGAUCCGUAAUAAACGUACUUAUCUCACUUUAAAUAUCAGUGUUCCACUUCUGGAUUAAUAAAGGGCUUUUAAACUUU